AAAUUACAAGCGGAAACAGCUCAUUGCAGGCGCAACAUUACAGAAUCAACUUUUAAUUCAUUGUACAAGCUAUGUAUACUUACUUACAUGUAUAUUUACUUUAAUCAUAUUUUAUCAUCUGUAGUGUAGUGUAGGCGUUAAAUUUAAAACAUAUUUGUGUUUUUUGAUAAUUGGCGGGUGAUACGAACUCUCCGAAACAGUUUCACGCAGAUCUAGCGCAUAGUGCUACUUGACCACGCAGGGAUAUCAAUUAAGAUUGACUGCGCUACAUUAUAUAGGCUACUUUGGUAUCGCGCAGGGAUGGGCAUCUUUGAUCGCAAGAUAAGUGUAGCUUAUCCAUGAAGUAUACGCUACAUGGCAGCUCCUAAGAACAGACCGCUGUAACCAGCUGGAUCACGCGAGAGUACGAAAUAACGCGAGUUUUUUUCCCGGAAUUUAAUGUUUUGGUUCUUGGCGCGCCGUUCAAAUUUUCAGUGACUAUUGUGAAUGUGGUCCGAGUAAGAUAAGGAGCCAGUCGGUUAUAAAUAAUAUUGAUUAAUCUUUGGUACAAUUAGUUUAAUCUAUAUUUUCUCUUACUCGUAAUUUAUUGACAUUGCAUCUCAGGAUGGCUACUCCUCCGAAGAGAAUAUGUCCGAGUCCAAAUUUUGACAACAGCUUUGAAAAGAGGACAAAGAAGAUUUCUAUUGAAGGAAAUAUCGCUGCUGGCAAGUCGACAUUUGUGCGCAUUUUGGAGCGGGCGUCCGAUGAGUGGGAGGUUAUACCGGAGCCGAUCGGCAAGUGGUGUAAUGUACAGGCCACGAACGAGUACGAGGAGCUCAGCACGUCUCAGAAGAGUGGUGGAAACCUGCUUCAGAUGCUGUACGACAAGCCCAAGCGCUGGUCCUACACCUUCCAGACCUACGCCUGCCUGAGCCGCGUGCGGUCUCAGAUGAAGCCGCCGUCCGCCAAGCUGCAGCAGGCCGAGCGGCCGGUCCAGUUCUUCGAGCGCUCUGUUUACAGUGACCGUUACGUCUUUGCCUCCAACCUGUAUGAGUCUGGGGACAUGAAUGAGACCGAGUGGUCCAUCUACCAGGACUGGCACACAUGGCUUCUGUCCCAGUUUGAGGCGGAGAUCGAGCUCGACGCCAUGAUCUACCUGAGGGCCGACCCACAGAAGUGUAUGCAGAGACUGCAUCAGCGAGGCAGGGAUGAGGAGCAGGGGAUCCCGCUGGAAUACCUGGAGCAGCUGCACUACAAGCACGAGUGCUGGCUGUACCAGCGGAGCACUCGCCUGGACUUCGAGCACCUGAAGGACAUACCCAUCCUGAUCCUCGACGUGAAUGAAGAAUUCCAGAAGGACAAAAUAAAGCAGGAGGACUUACUGGAUAAGGUGACCGAGUUCCUGAGCACGCUAUGAUGUGGGAGCGCCCCAGCCGCGCACACAGGACUGCUUCUUCACAAACCCCACGCCUGCUCUAAAUGUUACAUUUGCUGGCGCAUGUCCAUGGUGUAAUUAUAUUUGUGUAAAUGUGCUUGUGUGGUACGCUGUCUUGCAGAAUGGGGGAAGGUGAAAAGUUCUCCUUUUGGAAAUAACAUUUUUAUUUUUCCGAUCAGAAUUAAAAUAUACAUACUAGACUGGAUAGUUUGAAAUACAGUACUCCCAUUUUUUCUCCCGAAAAGUGAUGUCCUCCCAAAAUAAUUUUUCCACUUAGGGCCAUGUGAUCCUUGGGGGGAAAAAUGUUAGUGUAGCGCCCUGAAUACUUUUUGAAUUUUUUUUUUUUAAUGUAGACAUUCAGAUAUACAAUGAAUUGCCUUUUUUUAAACCUGUUUUAUAUGUUAAAAUUGUGUGAUCUGUAGAUAACUGUACAUACCUUUUUUACCUGAGUGUAAGUUGUGGAGCUGCGCUGCGGUGCCGUAUAGUAGCUUGCAGUUGUACAGACGUGUAUUUAUAUUGCUGUGAUUUUGUAUUAAAACCAUAGCAAGUG